AUGGGCACGGCAUCGCAAACGAAUAUGUAUGCGUUAAAAUUUGUCUCGUUUUGCGUCGUUUUUCUCUAUUCUGCUCCUUGUGGACAGGCCUACACUUGGUACACGGGUGAACAACGCUUGACGGAGUUUCAAUCCGAUUAUGCAAACAGCAAAGCUGAUAUAUUUUUUCUUAUGGACAAUUCUGGAAGUUUAAUAUACAAUGGACGAACAGGCUUCCGUGAUGAGAAGGUAUUUAUUACUUCUCUUUUGACGAAGAUCAAAAUUGCCAAACCUGCAACCCGGGUUUCUAUUAUACGUUUCGGAACUCAUGCGACGAUAGACAUCAACUAUAUAUCGAAUUUGAACGGCCUGAACAAUAAAUGUGAAUUCAAUGAGGCGUUCAGUCGUAUCAAGUACACUGGUGUGAUGACGAACAUGAAUGCGGGUUUUCAGAAGGUGGAGGAGAUUCUGUUCGGUGCACAAAGCACCAAUGUGCGUCCUUGGAAAGUUAUAGACCCCAAAGGAGUGUAUGUGAAUAAAGUAGUGUUCUUACUCACAGAUGGGGAAUACAAUAAUGGUGGAAAUCCGAUGAGUAAGAUCAACAACAUCAAGACAAAUAACGUCGAACUUUUUGCAGUCGGAGUUGGUGGUGUAGACCAAUCAUUUAUGAGAAGUGCCGCCACGACAGCCGGUCACUAUUUCUACUAUAGUGAUUUCAACUCAUUUAGAGAGUUAGCCACGCAUAUUCGUGGAGGUGAGUGUGACUUGGCGAUAAACAAUAUUCCAGGGAUCAUCCUAAGGCCUCCCAUUUUCCAAAAUAGGCAGUCCUAAAAUUGAGUUUGGGGCUUUAUAUAAGAAUCAUAUAGAUAUAAAUUAAGCAUUCAUACAUUAAGCAUUUGACUCUGAAAACGCAGGAAAUGACCAUUCUGCACUUGUAAAAUUCAAAAAUUUCCGGGGAGUACUACAUAUGCUGCCUGACCCCCAUAACUAUUCAGGCAUACCAUACGUCAUGAGCGCAUGCCUCACAACUCUGUUGAAAUGGGCAGUUCUAAAUUUUUCUUGGGAUGACCCCAGACCCCUGCAGUAUUCCUAAGGCUGGAAAAUGGUGAACUCCGUAUUUUUUCUAGAGUUUCAUCCUUGAACACAGCUUUAAUUUCUAAUACGUGUACACUUAUGCACUAUUACCUUUGGGCUGGUGUUUAAGCCGUCCCAUAUUACUCUUUUGCAUGGAGUUAAAAUUUUGCUAUUAUUUUGGUUGUCUUAAUAUUUGGAGUUAUAGUAUCUCCCUGGCACAGUAUUGGGGCACUAAUUAGUAUGCACUAGAUUAAUUCCCUAAAGAGAAGUGAAUGAAAUGUGACUGCUUAUUAUAGUUAUAUCCCCACAACUAUCGCGCCUUGCUUGGAUCUAACUGUCGUAGGACAUGGACGUCAGAGUUAGCGUUCUGCCGCACACGAGAGAAUCAUGCAUGCUGAGACUGACGCCACGCGAGGCUGUUAACUCAGCAAGUUUCUCGCAUGUGCGACAAGCUUUAGUAAAACGUAACAGAUCUGAAAGGGGAAAACGCGCCCUCGCAUUUUUUCUGCAAAAUAGCUAGAAAUAUUAUUCAUUGUUCACCUGCAGCGCCUUGAAAUUUGCUACCGUGGGUUAUAAUUUCGCUAACCUAAGAAGUAAAUUACUUGAAUUAAUUGUCUAUGCAUGCUGUCUAAAAUUAAGUACGUUUUGUAUUAUAUGGGAUAUUUUUUGGAUCAGGUGCAUGUGGAAAUGAACCUAUUAAAAAUCUUUGUAAAACGGAAUUUUUAUCAUAAUAUGUUAGAGCGUUCGUACAUGUCAUAAUGGGCGCAGCUAACUCGGAUGAAGGAGAUCCGCAUAUGUAAUUCAAAUUGUAUUCAUUUGAGAAAUGAGCCAGCCCAGCAAAGUGGGAUAACAUUUUUCAUAUGAAGACUUUAUCCCACCUAACCCCGGGAUGGAUUUUUUUUCUGAUUUUUACCGAUAACAGUAUUGAACUGCAGUAUAGUUGGAAAGUACAGACAAAAAAUAAAUAUCAAUAUUAUCUGAAAAAGCUCAUAUGAACACAAACAUAAUUCACCCCAUGCACCGGGGUAUGAAUGACCUCAAACAGAAGUGGGAAAAUGCUGGAAAGAUUGGGAACCUAGUACAGUUCCCAGAAUUUUUUUUGGAUCUACAUUUUUGCAGAAAUUUUCACAGACAUUUUAUGUUUAAUAGCUAAUUCUGAAAAUUAGACUGAUUGAAUGAUCAGUCAUUGAAAUGAUUGAAUACCUAGUUAAUCUAUAGUAAUUCGAUACCUAAAUUACAUCGGAACAGUUUCUUCUAACAGCUCAAAUCAUUGCUAUUUUACUGAUCUAUGUAGAUCCUUACCAACCGGACUAUGAUGCCGAACAUGUACCGAAGAGCAAGUGUACCUCUACCUGCGAUGAUAAUGCAUCAUGUGGCUGCGGUCUGCUUAGCGGAAAGUACAUUUGCAUUUGCCAUGCUGGUUUUUAUGGUACUGGGGAGAAAGGAAAAUGCACUGGUGAGUGGGCUAAUCGAGUCUGUGGAAAUAUAAUCAUAUAGCAUAUGAUACAGACCGCGUUUUGUGUCCCAACCCAUCAGUCUUCAAUUCAACAUCAAUAUACUUUCAUAAAUUAUCCUCAGAUGCAAAUUAUGUUAAUAUGAGUUAAUUUCCAUCUAUAAAGACGCCAAACAUGCUCAACCUUUCUAUCUAAACGUUAGACGGAAUCAGAUUUACUUGUUUUAUGAAUACAAAUCUUAUUUCAUCUUUUCACGAACGAAAAAUAUUCGAACCCAAUUGCCUGACGGCGAUAGUUCGAACCAAGUCCAAGACCAUCUGCAAUUUGGAGGUAAAUACAAGUCAGAUUAGUAAAUUAUUUUUGGUUAAUUUCAGUUUUCUCCCGCCAAAUAAAGAACGUACGGUAUUAAUAUCAGUUUACCAGAAAACAAGCUUGAACCUAAAACUUUUGCAUUUGAGCAGGCAUUUAUACUUAUAGAUCUGGUACACUGUGAGCAGGCAUUUAUACUUAUAGAGUUUGGUACUGACUAUGGUGAUUGUGGUCAAACCGUCCCAAAAAGUACUCAUUAUUUUAAUUUACAAUUUAUAAUUCUAUAUAAAUUUUUAAUUUGCAGUGUUGAAACACCUGUUUGAGAAAAUGUGGACUCGUCUCCAAUUUUAAUCACAACAAUAAUCAAAUUGUUUUAAUCGAAGAACAUAACAUAGCCAGUAAAAAUCUAGAAGUUUUUCCUUUUAGCUUUCUGCAAACAAUUUCCAUAAAUGCGACAUUAUAACGAAAAUUAAUUACAUGAUAAAGACAAUAUAAUUUUUUUCCAAAAUAUUUUGUGGAGGUUUGUGUAACAUGUUUGUUGCAAAUCCAAAUGUUUUGUGAAAGUUUGCGUGGAAACACAGGCCUUCGGUAUAGUACAUUCCAACUGAUUAAUUUCUCUGUUCUGUCAAAGUUCCAGGUAUAUGUUUCUAUUACUCAGAACACUGAAAAAAAUUUCGUAUAUGUAUACAGUAAAAAAAAAUGAUAUCGCCUGAUAAACAUAUAUAGAGGUUAUAAAAUAUGGAAAUGUAUUACUUAUAAGUAUACAAUAAAAAUAGUAUACAGUACACAGUAAAAAAAGUAUUAUAAGUAUAAAAAAUAAGUAUUAAAAAUAAGUAUUAAAAAAAUAUAUAAGUAUUAUAAUUAUAAGUAUACAGUAAAAAAAUUAUAUCGCUUGAUAAAACACAUAUAUAGAGGUUAUAAAAUAUGGAAAUGUAUUACUUAUAAGUAUGUAAUACAUAUACAUAGUAAAUUGUAUAAUUUAACAAUAUAUUCUUUCAAUUCUAAUUUUAUCUCGACUUUCGCGACAGAACGCGUCAUUUCGAUGUCGAAAUAUAUAGAACUCCUGGCGUAGAAUUCGCGGUCAUAUUAGGAGAUGUAACAAUUAUAAGAGAAUGCAAACGCUGUAGAAUUUCACUGGAAUACUUGUGGCGAAAAGGCUUGUCGGUUUUAAAGAAAGUACCACCUGAAAAUUGUACUGUGUCUGAAAUAGAAAUAUGAGGCUUUCCUAAAAUUAUCAAAAAAUUAUUGGCUCCUGCGGUUUUUCAGGUUGCAAAAGCGCGGCUGUUUUAUUCCUAUAGCAGCGAACGCACGUCAAAGACCCUAAAUUGUCGACUGUUUGAGGCAACAACGCUGAUAUUUUCACGAAGGGUACCACUCGGAACAUGUAGGGUUUUAGGUAACCAUAAAGCCAUAGAAUUAUUGAUGUUUGUGUGAGGGAAGAUGUGGUUAUUUAAGUUUGUUAAAGUGGGCGUAAGAUAUCUAUUCAGAAUGUAAAAACAUAACGCGAAAUUCUCUUUCCGUGUCGUUUAUCUUCUUCGAGUGGCAGCCAUAUUUGUUAUGAUAGACACAUUGAACAAAUUAAUUAACCCCCCUCCCCCCCUUAGGAAAAGAUUUGUUGACCGUUCUACAUUACGAAUUCUACGCCAUUGAUCAUGUAUGUACAAGUAUGAUAUAUCUUGUAUUUUACCCGGCAUUUGUUCUUUCUUUCAGCAUGCACACAUGGUACAUACAAGAAAUAUCCUGGUCUGGCUGAGAAAUCAUGCACAAAUUGUCCUGGAAACUCAGGUCAUAACAAACUAGGAAGUAAAACGAUUCAGGAUUGUAAAUGUAAUAAAGGAUAUGAAGGAUCUCCAGCUAGUGGUAAAGCAUGUACAAGUAAGUGGAUAUAAGACUGACGUUAUUUUUACUGCUUUUCAAUGUCAUGUCGCUUCCUGUGGCAAACCUCUGGCUAUAUCCGCACCUUCGUGAUAUCGAAGAAAACGUCUUCUUUCUACUUUUUCAUUAUAGUCAAACCUUGUCGGAGCUUGCCGAUACCAUCAGAUGGCUACACAAAUCCAACAAGCUGUGGAAGCGAUUAUCGAAGCGUGUGUACAUUCAAUUGUGAUUAUGGAUUCGAGUUGAUUGGACCUAAGGUAUAAGCUCAUGCCCAUGCAUCUAACCCCUGAUCUAACAUUCCACAUUUUCGCGCAAAUGCAAUCAUACCACUUCAGCUGGCGAAUGUCAAGAUAAACAAUUUCCUAUACCCACAUACCACGACAGACGGGACAUUAUUUCAACUUUUAAAUAAUUUGUACUUCGAAUAUUGUUAAUUUGACUGGAACAGAUUCCAACAAUAUUUUCUUGAGGUGCGUGACUAUACUAUUUACCAUAAUGCUUCGCGAUAAUCGUAAUAGAAAAAUAUAGCAAAUCCUCACAAACAAAUUUGAUAUUGGUAUUCAGACACCGCAAGGAGACGUCAUUAUACAUAAGAUCCGUUCAGAGUAGUAUGGUUUGCUAAGAAUUUCACUACGAAUUAUUAACGCCAUGAAUUGCAGUUACACCAUUACCGGAUUGUAUCGGAGCGAAGCGAUUUUUAUUCCGGAUUGGGCUAAAUCCUUACUAUGGAAAUAGUAUAUGGAUCUUAGUUGAAAUUAGUAUGGAAAUGGAUAUAGUAUGAAUAUAGUAUGGAAAUAGUAUGGAUACACUAUAUAUUGAUUUUUGUGAUGCGAUCGCAAAUUCCACAGUAUGAAUUUCACUAUUUUUUUCCAGUGUAACCCAGAGUACGGCGUGCCGCGGAGCAAAAAUUACUCCGUGAGAGGUAAUCCGGUAUAAUGCCGAAGCAGUGUAAACAAGGGACACUCUAACGCUCCGGUUUUGGCGCUUAUAUGUUUUAACAUUGUCGCCUGUAUUUUGUUUGCUUUUACAAUACUUUAUAGGCUGCUGUUUGUUUUUACAUCCAUUUUACUUUUCCAGGCGGAGACAAAUAAAGAAAACAAUAAUAAUAUUGACUUUUCGCUUUCAAAAGGGCAAUAUCUUAAGAACUAAGUCAAGUUUGUGGACAGAUUUGUAUAUACAUUAAGGUGGUCUUCCACCCAAAGUUUCCAAUAUUUGUCAUUUUUAGAAAAACAAAAAAAUGCAGUUUUUAUAGCGUUCUUUAUAAAAAUCCGUGUAUUUUAAGCGCAUAAAUUUACCUAAAAAUGAGAAACCAGCAAAUUCUACACUUUCUUAGGAUAAAACCAUUAUUUUACCCGGAGCGACAAAGUAUGCGGUUGCCGGUUGGUUUAUUCUAUUGUUCCACUUUUCAAUUGUUCUUUUGUACUAUAGGCAAAAAACUUUAAAAUCGCUUUUCCCAAAUGAACGUUUGGCGAAAUACUAAAAAAUCUUCUAUUGUUGAUACUGAAUCAAUUCCGAGUUUAUUUAUUAGUAACAAAGCCAUGUUCUGAACAUAAAGAAAUUCAUAUAUCAGCGUUACAUAUUGCAAGAGAACCCUUAUACGAAUUACACGAAGGCGUUAUUCUAUUACCUGUGUAUUUUUUAUGUUCAAGACAUAGAUUAAUGCAUUAGGUGUCCACUAAAGCUGUUUCUAAAAGAUCCUCAGUAAUUUAGUUUGGCUCUCAUCCUUUUUGGAGCAAACCCUAUAAUUAUUCGAUCCUAUCAGGAGUUGUAGCUAUCGUAGUUACUAUGCCAACGACGAGUGUAAAAGUUACUGAUCCUGUGUCAGCUAAGCAUAUUAAUCUAUCAUAUACUUGACUCAAAUAUGAUAACAAAAGCUUUAAUUUGAAAAAAUAUAUAAAAAAAUAGGAUGGAAGAGUUUUGAUACGUUUCUCAAGCGGUAAACGAACUUAAAAAGUAUGUUUAGUGCUUUAUUAUCUGUAAAAUUAUGCCAAAAUGCAGAGUUUAGAUGGUACGCCAAAGAGAAAAUAAUUAUAGUGAUAUCUGAAGUUCAGUAAAUUUUGCUUAUAUCGCUGUAUAAAUAUAUGGCGUCAAUUUUACAGCAUCAAUGAGUUUGUAUUUCAAAUAAAUAUCGGCUGCUCAUGUUUCAACUAGUACUUAAAUUGACAAUAUUUAACUGUUAUUUUGUGUUUCUCAACCGCUAGAGAUACAUUUAAAAGGUUGCUAACUGUGUAAACUACAAAAUAAAUCUAAAACAAAGUAGUUUAGAGGAACGCCAAAAAGAUUUUAGGUUUUGAACACUUUUCAUCGCAAAUACGCGACACAUGAAGAAAAAUGCUUCUUAAAAAGAAAAGUCCGUUACUCCUUGUUUUAAAAAUUAUUAUUGCUUAUUACCAUGGCAACAGUGAAAGAGAUGAACUGGCAACAGAGCGAAGCGGCACUAGUAGUGUACUUGAUAUUUGCCUUUGAUGUGUAAAUGAAUCUGGUAAUCGGUAUGAAAAGUUGUCCGGUGUUGUGUAACUUAGUUAACUGUAUAGUUAUCGCAGUUCUGUGCAUGCAACUAUUACAUUUUGACCGGUUUUCCUUUACAAAUUCCUUUUUAAACGCGAUCGUAUUUCAUUUUAGGUCCGAACUUGUACAGUUCGAGACGACAACAAAGGUGCCGCAUAUUGGUCCCCCACUGAUACAGCACCUGAUUGUAAAAGUAAGAAAAAAAUAUUGAAGGGUUUUCUAGAUGGAAAUUUCGAGUGUAAACUUUAUGCAUUGAUUUAGACCUAACCAGGAGGAGCUGGUGGAAAAAAUGCAACUAUAGGCCCUUUGGCAGGAAUCGACCUUGUGAUUCACAUGGCCCAAGGCUUACGCCCGUAUUCUAAAAGCUCACUAACACUAACACUCACAUUCAAUGGAAGUUCAAUCUGAGCUUCUCUCGAGUGUCAUUGCUGUUUAAGACUAUCUGGAGGGUUAGUGUCGUACCUUACUAUGUGACUACUCACCCUCCAGCUAUUCAAAAACAGCAUUGACACUGAAGAGAAGCUCAGAUUGAACUUCCACUCAUUGAGUGUGAGUGAGCUUUUAGAAUACGGGCAUUUCUGUGCGACUACUUUUUAGAUAAGAUCGCCCUAUGUCAGAAAUUGCGUGGAAAGGUGCAACAAAAAUUGCUUCGCGGAACAUGGGCUUAACAUACAAGCCAUUCAUAUAGCCAGAAUAAGAAAACUGCUCCAGACCUACAUGUAUACAUCCCAUAAAAUUUGCGCCAGUAUGAAUUUGAUUCCGCAUGGCGUUAGGAUGGUACCAUAAUGCAGGGGCGUGGCCAACACCAAGUGAGUGGGGGGAUCUAAUCAUGCGGCCGGGCGCAUGGGUCUGCGAAACGCUAUUUCAUGUAUUUUACACACGUUUUAUGGUUAUCUAAUAGCCACAGAUUUGGUAUACUGUACUUUAUGUCAUAGGCUAAAACAUUAGGUUACGCCCCCUCCCUCCUCCCCCAGUUUCUUCUUAGUUUUGAAUGAAUUACAAAGUUGGACCUGAACAAAAAGUCUGUUCCCCCCAUUCCUCCCCGUGGCUACGCCUCUGCCAUGGUGUGGCUCGAUCAUUUACAAAUUCUCACUUCUGUUUUGUUUAGGAAUUCUGUGUACCCAAUUCCGAGUUCCAAAUGCUGCCUCAGAAUAUGGUUCAUGCAACACUACCGAUCUUCGUGUUGGUACAAAAUGUACGUAUUCCUGCUCACGUGGAUAUCGUCUUGUCGGAUCUGGUGAGAAGAUAUGUCGAGUGGAUAAAACAUGGUCUGGCGGGGACACCGCCUGUGAAG